AUAUGUAGGCCUUAACUUAGGUUCAUAUGACUAACACAUACACUGCAAAUAAAGUCAAACAUUAUUUGUGCGUUUCAAAAGCACAAUGUUUGCUGUUGUGAUUAAAGUCAUUGUUUUCAGUGCUGUUCUAACAGCAUAUGUUCUAGGAGAUUACACAUGUUUGUGCAACUACAAUGUCGAGUUGCCAAUUUAUUCAAAAGAUAGCUCAGCUGCUCAAGUGAUUGGAUAUUUGUACGAGUUCGACUGUAAAGCAAUCUACGCAAAAGCUGCAAAAGAUGACAAAUUCACACAAGUUCAGUUUGAAAAUAAGAUUGGUUUUAUUGAAAAUGGUGAUGGAAUUCAAAUACAGGUUUGCCAAGGCAGCGUCCCCUUCGAGGACAUUGUAACAACUACGACAAGUCGCAGUAUUACAUCUACAACUACACCAACAACAACUUCAACCGAAUCAAAAACAACAACAUCAACUGAAGCAUCAACAGCCGGAUCAGUCACAAAACAAAUGACCACUUCUUCAACACAAAAACCUAACAUAGGAGUAAUUAUAAACAUUGAUAGAAAUCAUACAAUAGUAAAUGGUGGAAACACUAGCCAGUCGACCGACAAUACGUCAAAGACCGUCACUUCUCAACAGAUCACCAUUCUCUCCACAACUGCAUCGACAUCUGUACACCCGACAACAAAUAUGCUCAAUACGUUUUCUUCUAAUUUGACGUCACCGUCUCAAACACAUUUAAAUAAAACGCUGUUACCAAUAACAACAAAUGCUUUUAGCACACAGCUGCUUACCGUACCGGAUUCAACACCUUUGUCGUCUUCGUUGUCCUCGUCAACACCAACAACAUCAACAACGGCUUCACCAACAACAUCGACAACAGCGAGAACAUCACCGUCGACGACGACAAUAACAACAACAACAACAACAGCUCCUAAACCAUCAUGUCCAAAUGGUUGGAUUAUGUACAAAUCAUCGUGCUACAUGUUCCAAACUAAUCAUCGUAGUCAAUGGCACAAAGCUAACAAUGACUGCGUAAGCAAAUCUUCUCAUCUAGCAAUCGUGGAAAAUGUUGAUGAAUUCAACUUUCUUAAACAACACCUGGACCAUCUUAUAGACACUCAUAUCCACGAUGGGUCUGAUUCAUCAGCCUGGGUAUCAGGAAGGGAUGAUAGACAAGAAGGCCAUUGGGAAUGGUUUAACGGUCUCACUAAUAUAUACAAACCAUUUACAUUUACUCACUGGGAAAGCGACGAGCCCGAUGCAGGAGGUAACGAGCAUGAGGAAGAUUGUAUGACAAUGGUUGGCAAUCAAGGUUUCCAAUGGGCAGACUACUCCUGUAAUGAACACAUGUUUUAUGUGUGUGAACAAUCCACUAAAGGGUACGUGAGCAUAGCAACACAGAUGCCCCAGAAACAAGUUCAACUCGCAGGUUGUCCACAAGGCUGGGAAACGUAUCAGGGAUCUUGUUAUUUGUUCCAUACAGACAACAGGUUAAAGUGGAAAGAGGCAAAUUCAUUCUGUGUAUCUCAACAAGCUCAUCUUGCAAUAAUAGAGACCGCCGGGGAGGAUCAGUUCCUUAAACAACAAUCAUCACAAAGGAUUCAUGAAAACGACGACGAUUCUGAUUCUGGUGUAUGGAUAGGCGGAAGUGACGACGAUACUGAAGGACGAUGGGAAUGGAUUGAUGAUUAUAGUCAUAAACAUACAUUGAUACAGGGCUACAGUAACUGGCAUAAGGGCGAACCAGAUUCCGGUGACGGGGAACAUGGCGAGGAUUGCAUGUGUAUGAUUGGUGUAAAGAACUAUGAAUGGCAGGAUUACAGAUGUCGUACGCACAUGUUUUUCAUCUGUGAAAAAUCUCAGAUGCUAGCUGCACCUUUAGUAGGAUAAACUGCUGGUCAAUGAAACAAUAGUAUUAGUAUGCAUUGAAAUUGUAUGAACAUUUUCAUACAUCUUGUGAAAUGAAAUAUAAAA